UUUCGUUAUACCAGAGAUAUUUAGCUAGGCCUUCACUAGCCGCGCCACCUACAUCACCUCCUGGUCGCGGAGAGCGAACAGGACACGAUGGGGUGCUCCAUCUGCCUCGAUUCGUUUGGAGAGGACGAGAACAAGGGCACUCGACCAGUUGCGCUUCCCUGUGGUCAUGUCUUUCACCGGUCGUGCAGCGAUGCCUGGCAACGGUCAUGCCGGGUCAAGGACGACCCGGCAUGCUGUCCCCUGUGCAAGUACAAAGUGGGCACCGAAAAGGCCCUUCUACUUUAUCCCUCGGACGUCAAUGAUUUGGACAUGUACCUGCAACAUCGCGGCCAUCGAAUGCAGCACCAAACAUCGGCCCCACCGCCCGUCAUUCCUCGACUGGAGCGGGCCACGCUGGCCCUGGAUCGGCGCUUGAGCAGGGACGAUCAGGCAACACUGCUGGGGCAUCUCUUGGACUUCCGGCAGCACAUUCAUGCCUAUGUCAUGGCCGUCAAUGAUGUUCGUAUGCUCACCUAUGGCAACAGCGACGCCAUCUUCCGCCUGUUUGGCACCUUGACGGAAGGCAGGGGCGACGCGCGGACAAAGGAAGAAUUUGAGAACGGCAUGCUCCAUCUUAACAAAGCGACAGAGUUCUUUACCGAGAAGCUCACUAUGCUCACAGCAAUGGAAAAGGAGACGGAAUUGCUCAACCAGAAGGCAAAGGAUAUGGAGGCCAAGCAAGACCAGAUCAAGAGGAGCCUCAACAGACACUACGAGCGCAAAGAGCAGCACGAGCGUCACAUGAAUGAGGAGUCCGCGCGCUUGAAGCGCUUAGAGCUGCACUGGAGAAAGGAGGUGGCGGAGACGGAGAGGAAGAGGGAGUUGAAUGACAAGCAGGCCGAAGCGCUGCGUAACGAAAACAGAGAGCUACAUAGUCAGGUCCUCAAGGCCAAGAUUGAGUCGGCCCAGAUGAUUGCGCAACGCGAGGGUGACUCCCAGCUACAAAUUCAGAACAUGAGGCGGAUCGUCGAGGAGCAACAGAGGCUCAAGGCAGAAGCAGACAACGAGGUCAGAUCGGCGCGGCACAAGAGCAACUUCUUGGCGGACCGCAACAAAAGCUUGUCGAACAAGCUGAGCGAUGCAAGAGCGAGAAUCAAGGAGCUCGAGGCUAGAGCAGCUAGAGCGCCAAGCAAGUCUCCUGGACCUGGCAGAGACAGAGAGGCGAAAAAAGAGGAAACGGAAGAGGAGACGGAAGACGAAGACGAACUUGACGUUAGAACCCUGGAAGAUGACGGAUUUCUCGAGGUUGACUACAAGGCUGCAAGCACUCCACCGGCGAAAAGGCAAAGGACCAUGGAGAGGGAUCUCUUUCACAAGGGAAAGACCAAGCGAGACGACACGCCGAUCAUUGUCCUUGACGAUCAGGACGACCUGGAUGCUGAGGCAGACGAGAAGCUCUAUCGCAUGGCAGGCCCGUCUUCUCGACCUCCAUUGCAAGCCAUCUUCUCGUCAAGUAACCUAAGAAGCUUGAGGAGAGGUAGCGACCAGACGACACCGAGCGGGCUCAUGCUACCUGUCGGAAUCGGCGAAGGGUCAGGCCCGAGCCCACGAACCUCGCCUGGCAGUCGUGUCUCCGAAGCGAUGGAUCCUUUCGACCUGCAUCCCGAGCCGCACAUUCCGUCCAGCGACGACGACUUUGGCCCCUCGCCAGCCCAGCCUCCUCGACCAGCAACGAGAACAUCGCCAAGAUGGCUUUCUUCCUCAACAUCAGGAGGCGGAUUGACUACAUCAUCAACAAGAGAACUUGCACAACGCGCGCUCGAGGGCACAGCAGCCCUUGGGCCCCGUCGCCGCAAUCGCUAGCCGUCAGUCAUAUCAAAUCCCGCAUAGUGUCUCUAUAGAUUCCCUCAUUCAGAUUACUACACUCUCCAUCAUUGUGCUAUAGUGACACAGCAAUUCUCAGCAUGUCCUUUCUGGUACAGAGCCGAUCGAGAGGCGUUGCGCACGCCACUGUUUGAGCAGAUGAGAGGAUUUGAAAGCACAAUGGCAAAGUCGGCAGACGGAGAGAAGG